AUGCUGAUAGGCCGUUCUAUACCACUGAAUUUCGACCUACCGACCCUACAGAUGAUUGGCCAUUUGCCCAGCGAUGAGCCCGAAAAGUCGGAGCACGAGCCGGUGGUGCCUCCACUGCUCGAAAGGCUUGUAGUCUCGAUGCCGAUUUGGCAUCUGAUCAACAUCACUCGGGAGACUUCCGCCUCAUUUCUCCGGCAUAUGGAACCCGGGAACUUCAUCGUGCGCUUCUCUGACCGUGCCAACUCGCUCGUCCUCACCUACCGCAGAAAACUAGAGGACAAGGUGGAGCAUCAUGUGAUCACGAACAAGCGGUCAGAAAAUGGUGGUCACAACCACUAUAUGCUGCGCGGACACUCGAUGACCUUCGCCACCGUGCCCGACUUGUUGGUGUAUUACUGCGAAAAAGGCAAGCUCUCCCUGCCGAGGGCGGUCGUCAACUGCGAAUCGGUGGCCCAGCUGCGUAAUUUGGCGCUUCUCGGCGGCG